ACCACCACCAUGGCCAACAACUCAAAACUCGUUGUCCCCGAAGUCCUCGAGAUCCCUUCCAGUGCGGACCCAACUAAACGUAUAAGGAUUGUCGAAUACGACCAUUACCCUUGCGAUAGUCUCCAUCUCGAGCAAUCCAAACUGAUCCAUACAGCCAAUCACGUCGACAUUUAUCGCGCUGUUGCUCGUGACCCUCCCUCCGAUUGCGACGGCGAUGUCGUCUACAAGGUUGCUUAUGGCCCUGCUGUCGUAAGACUUCGUCACGAAGCUCAGAUUUAUCGCAAACUGGUCAGUGUACAAGGAGCGAGAGUACCGAUUUGCUACGGCUACUUCGAGGGAGACGACAUAGCUUGCCUUGUACUACAGUAUUGUGGGGAGCCUCGGCCAGAAGCUUUCGACGAUCUUCCACCUGAAGCAAAGAAGUCAGUCAUCGCUGCCUUCUGGGCUGUCCACAAGCUAGGCGUCGACCAUGGUGAUCCCGCCCCACGCAAUAUCGUAUAUAAACACAAUAGAGGAUAUCUUAUCGAUUUCGAGCACGCCUCCGACACCCACACAUGCACUGCCGAGCGCCCUCCACUGAAUUCCAUUGCCCAAUCCUUAUCCGAGUUUCCGUGCGAAGAGUUGUGGCACAUGCUGACCGAUCUUGGGCUAUGGCGUCCAGCCACCAUAUUCUACGCUGGAGAAUAUUACCCGGUCAACAUCAUGCAUCACCCCGAAGACCUCGUCAAACAAGCCCCUGCUUACUGGACUAGAGAGCAGGCAAUGGCUGAAGUUCGGAAGGUCGCCAAGGAGUACUCCAAACGCUGGCUGCCCGAGACUUACGAAAGGAUAUAUGGAAAAUCCGAUGCCCCCGUGGCGCCUCCGGAGGACGAUAUGAAAGUUGCGGAAAGGUCCGAAGAAUCUCGAGAGGCUGACUCGCAAUCCUCAUCCGAUUCCUCUGUGGGCCGGACUCGCUCGAAGAACAAACCGAAGAGCAAACCUGGCCGCAAACCCUCCAAGGCAAAGGAGGCUUCCGGCGCUACUUCUGGGGUUGGCAGUGACACACGGCGGCGUACCAGACCGAAGCCUGUCCCCGUCGUUUGGAACUACUGAUCUCAUCUUGGCUUCUUCUGUUCUCCGCUACUAUAUAUCAUCAUUUGCCUUUCAUCCCUUGUUCGGCCCUUGUCAUCACGCAUCCCGUCUCCGUUGUCUUGUUUAUGUCCCUGAUCUGCAUCUGUUUCCUGUAAUGUAACGCUCUCGACUACGUUUCUUCGCUCUGUGUCUUACUAAUAGCAGCUAUCCGAUGAAGUCGUAACGCUAGAACUCAAUUCUAGCUAUCUGUAAAACCGUUUCAGC